CAUGUGUAUGCAACUAUGUCGUAUCUAAGGUAGGAAAUAUGGUGGCUACGACAGUCAACAGCAGUGAUGAGACAAUAGCUCGCAGCUGUAAGGCGUCGGACAGGCCCCUCACUGCUGCAUGCUGUGCUGCAUUCGCUGCAAGGGGAAUAUCCACGAUCGGUGCGACAUACACAUGCACAGUGACAUCGGCCAGUGCCUGUAUUCACCAUCUCCCCUUUGUGUCGCGUGUGUGCGUGGGUGGUAGCAAUCAACAACAUGUCCCAACAUCGUCGUUGAAGCAUUAGCAUCUACAACUCGUCUUGGGGGCCAACUGUCGCGUGAGGUAGCAUUCCUACACGAGGAAAUGUCUUAAUCAAAUGAAACUGCAAGCGACAUCGGCUUGGGCUAGAGAUUCACAGGAAGCGAAAUAGGGCUGCAUACUCGUCAUACCGACGCAGCGGUCCCCAUAUUAAUUCCCAGUUUUCCUUUUCUUUUCCGAUGCACGAUUUACUUUUUCGCUUGGUGUUCGAUGGAGCGUUCUUCCGAAACUCAUCCGGGCGAUUUCGUGUGCUAGAAUUAAUGUGAAGGGCGGACCCGCCCUGAUCGAGAUCUUCAACUGCAGCAAUAUUGCAUUGCUUUUGAUUCCUUUCUUUUCUUAUCGCUAUCUUCAGCAUGAUUUCCGCGUCCCCGCGGUAUACGAGCGCGGAGUGUAUUUCUGGUCUAGUCCUCCCAACCAGUGCGGCAGCGCGCGAUGCCGAGUCACGUUCUCGCCCCAUUGAAUCUAGCAAGCUUGAGGCGAAGGAUACGACUUCCGAGCCUCUACUAUUCGCGUCGCGAUACAUCACUCCUUAGCUAUGGAGGACAGGUUAACAACAAGAAAAGAAUCAGCUUGAAGAAUACUGCAAAAGCCAUAGCUCACCGCCUGCCAACACGUCUGUACUUCUCUUCAAAGAAUCAGGCUGGCCCAACUCUCUACGCCUCACCUACUCGCUCCCUUCCCCGCCCGCCCGAAACAACACCAGGCACAAGGCCUACAGCCGCUAGCCUAGCCACAUAUAAAAGGAAACCUUAUUGGUAA